AUGGAUGUGCAAGGAGAUGCUGUGCAGCCUGAGCUUGUGGAGUCUUGGGCAGUUCUGAGUGACUGCGCCCGGGGUACUGCCAACUGUGUGGUGUUCAGCUGUCCACUCUAUAGCUUUGACCGUGCGGCUGUGCUGCACGUCUGGGGCCGCCUGUGGAAUAGCACCUUUCUGGAGGAGUACUCAGCUGUGAAGUCCCUGGAAGUGAUUGUCCGAGCCAACAUCACAGUGAAGUCCUCCAUCAAGAACUUGCUGCUCAGAGAUGCCUCCACUGUGAUUCCAGUGAUGGUAUACUUAGACCCCAUGGCUGUGGUGGCAGAAGGAGUCCCCUGGUGGGUCAUCCUCCUGGCUGUGCUGGCCGGACUGCUGGUGCUAGCGCUGCUGGUGCUGCUCCUGUGGAAGAUGGGAUUCUUCAAGCGGGCAAAGCACCCUGAGGCCACAGUGCCCCAGUACCAUGCAGUGAAGAUCCCUCGUGAAGACCGGCAACAGUUCAAGGAAGAGAAGACAGGGACCAUCUUGAGGAACAACUGGGGCAGUCCCCGACGGGAAAGUCCUGACGCACACCCCAUCCUGGCUGCUGAUGGGCACCCUGAGCUGGGCCCUGAGGUGCACCCUGUGCCAGGCACUGCCUAGCUUCCUUGGUCUCAUCCUAGCCCAAGGGUCCCUUCCACCUCUUCCUGAGUGGCUCCUCUGGAUGAAGAGAGUAGAAUUGGUUGCUGACACUGCCUCAAGAUUUGGCAGGAUCUGCUUUCUCAGGAGCACAGACCUCACCCACCCAUGAGAACCACCCCGAUCUUCCCCUUGGAAUGCUGGGAGACAAGAGGGUGUCAACCAGGGAUGGGGCUGUGGGGCAGGGCAAGAAGGGCAGGGAUGUCCUGCUAUAUGGUGGGGAUCAGAAUCCCUCCUUCUGCCACUCCCGCUGUGUAACCUGUCUCCCCCAAAGUGCCUUAGCCGGACAGUCAGGGAGGAGAUUGUGUUGCUGACUCAGGGGCUUCUCCCUCCUCAGUUUCCCUUCUCCUCUGACCUUAGUUUGCUGCAUCAGUCUAGUGGAUUUUGUCUAUUUAUUAAAAAACAUUUGAAGACAAAA